AUGAUCGCAGACGACACUAAAGGGACUUCACGUGGAGCAGCGCUCCUUGGCUCCAUCAGAAAUCUGACAUCGCAGAUACCGACUGGGGUUGGAUCAUUCCAGCACACUUUGUGGGUUUGAUGCGAGAGCGCUUAUUGUCGACGGAAGCUGACGUGGAUCUGACGCGCGGCAUUUCGUUUUCCCCCUGCAACAGACGACAGCAAGCGGCGUCCAUCAACCAGCAUGCCGAGACGGUGAGACUGCACAUGGCCAUCAAAGCACAGCGCGGAGUGGUUUUGGACGAACAAGCACUCGCAAGAGAGCUGGCGCUAUACUCGAAGCACAUUGUAAGCGUUCUCAACUUGGGGCUGAGAAUCGUCCGACUGUACCCGCUGUGCCCCUGACAUGCGUGCCUUGGAUUUUCCCUACGUUUCCUCUUCAACAGUAUCUUUGGGGCCAAGACGAAAACUUUGAGCAGGCUGCCGACGUGGUGGACAUCUCGGAUCGACUCGCCUACGUCCUGCUCGCAUCGUCCGAGCUCAAUGCUGCACACGCCCUGAGGGUCGAACAGGCCCGAAUUCCUCUCAAGGAGUUGCGCAACCACCAAAACAACGAGAUCGUGCCCAAGCGCCGCGAACAAGAGAACCUUCAGCGUCGACUCGCGGCGAUCAAGGACAAGACAUCCGCGAGGAGCACCGAGGAGGCCGCGAGACUGCAAGCCGACCUGUAUGCGGUCGAGCUAGAGCUCCACAGCAAGGAGCUCGAAGCUGAACGCCUCAAGCGGACUCAACUGAAUGCGACGUUUGGCCUCUUGUUCGAGGCGCAGAAGGAGCUCGGCGAAAAACAGGCCAUGAUCGCGGGAUACGGCGCUCUACUUUUACGCGAGUUCGAAAGUGGCUUCGGUCCACAUUAUCAGGGCCAGGAACGAACAGCUCAAAUCAAGGGCGAGUUGGGCGAGGCUCUCAAAGCUUGGAGUCCUGAUCGCCCCUUGAUUCCGCUGCCGACACUCAGCUCCGGUGGCUCGCGAUGGCUGGGUCGCCAGGAAACUGGAUCACUCCAUGAGACUCAUGGCGAACAGCUCAACGCGGUCGAUCCCGAGUCCCCCGCAACUUUAUCGGCUCAGAUUACACCGCCGCCAGUACCUGCCCGACGUGUGCCCCAUUCCCCUCCCUCAAUCUCGGAGCAGUCGUUCAUGGCCGUUGCCGGUGCGACGACCUCGUCCUCUUCUUCUGGCGGCGUGUUCCAACAGCCGGCGAUCGUGCGCAGUGCGUCCACCUCUAGUGCGACGCGCAUCAAUCUAUCGCCUACGCCUGUCGAUCUCGGCCCCCACUACACACCCCCGGCCUCGCCGUUGCCGACGGAUCCUAUGACGGAGAUCGAGGGGGUACCGCUCGGCCCGACUGUCGCCGAGACGGGGACCCCGAUCGUCGGUAGCGGUGGACCGAUCACUGGCCAACUGCGUCCUCGAGCCCCAUCGAAUGCGAACACCCGUCCGGUCCACCUCAAAGAUCUCGGCGGAUCCGCGUUCGAGUCGUCGGCGGAUGUCAAGUCGCCGUUGCCCGAGCCGAGUUCCUCGACCCAAAGUGCUGCUCCGACCCUGCAAGGUACUCACCAGGAUGACCCCAAGGCGGACAACGAACAGCUUCCCGUCUACUCCCUCGAGAACAACAAGUAAGAGCUUCAGUGCUCUCCAGUUCUGAAUGCGAUGCUGUCCCUGGUCAUCUGCAGCAGCAUUGGCAUCCGAUUCCAGGCGCCUGGCCCGCGCCGAUAUCCACAAGAGCACUUUCUGCCCCGCAAAGCGUUUUCAUCAUCGAUAGUUACAAUUUUUGGCUCCAUUUUGUUCAUCUUCACAUCUUAGUAGAGCUCCGUUUGCCCCACAUUUUGCGAUAUUGCUCAUUCGUGCAAUUUUCCCCGAGUGUAGGCCGAGCACCUCCUCGAGAGCCCUCAAAGUCCAGUCAAAGUCGAUUUGAGCCGCCUGGCUGAAGCUCUGAAGCUUCGCAGCCACGGGUUGUCCUCCUUCUGCCCACACCGACGACGUCGCUGCCGCACCCGUCCAUAGCGCAUCCUGGUGGCGGUUUCUGGCUGUGGAUUCCCAUAUCAUGGUAAGUUUUAUGUCUUGGUCAGUGCCCAUGUGUGUCCUCGAGUGGGCGGCACGUGAGCCCUCCCCCUACCCUUACCCCCCAAGAAAAGGAACCACACAUGAUGCUUCGAGGCAUUUGGCUUUAGACCAGGGAUGCCACGACGUGUCUCGACGAUGCUCUGACCCAGCCUGCUUGGAUGCGCUGUCCCACGAUGCGGUUGUUGUCGGCGCAGGAACGAGACUAGGCAAAGCCGCUCAUGGACACGCGCUGUUUUUCUUGCCCCCCUGUGUUCGCAACGUCUUCGGUCCUUUUGGGGCUCACAUGCUUCCUUCUCUGUCGUUCGUGUGUCCUCUCGAGUCAAUGGACAGGUUUCUUUGCAUCUACUACUUGACUCUUCUGUCAAGGAACGAGCGAGGGACGUGGCCGGUGGCCCGGGAGAGCAUCCACGCGGGCGAAGGAACUGAGCUCCGUGUGGCUGGGGAUGGGAGAGCAGAGGGGCGUCGGUGGAGCAGUGCACCGUCUUGGUUCCCGCCGAAAUCAAUUCUUACAUCGACGACGAUCUGCGUGGUGGAGUACAGCCCCCGAGUCUAA